AUGAGCCAAGUGAUUGUUUUAAAAAUAGAUAACAUUAGGUAGCAUUAUGACCCAUCCAAACACAUAGAGCUAUCUGCUGCAGUUUAUAAUUUUCUGAGGGAACAAGCUCAAGUUCUUUUGGUUCAAGUUUUGAAUUGUUUUACAUCAGUCCUUCUAAAUAAAACCAGCUUUGUAAACACCUCUUACCAAGAAAAAUAUUUGUUUUAGUGAGCUAUUUUGUUCAACCUUCCUUUGGGGAACCAAUAACCUGUCUAAAUGUAUGAUACACUCUAUUUACCAGCAUCAGAAGCACACACCAAAUUCAGGAACCUGAGGACAUAUUUUUUUAAAGAAAUGAGCAAAAUUGAAAACUCCAGAGCAUCUGGAAAGGGCACAGGUGACCUAUACAAGUCAAGGUGGGAAUUCUUUGAGGACAUGCCGUUCCUUCAAGGUUCCCACACCCCCAGGAGAGGUUUCUCUACUUUAGAUCGGCCAAGUACCUCGGGCGCCAGUCACCACCUACAGGGGAAUAUGCCUGGCCCUGUGUCCGCAGACAACGCCUCCGACGAGUCUGAGGAAGAUGUCAUUCUUACGGAACCUGAUCCCCCAGUGCCACAGCUGAAGAGAGGAAAGAAGCAAAAGAGGCAAGGGACAAGCACCCAGGAAGCUGUCCUCGAGAAAGCUCUGUCGUUGCUGAACCAGCCCGUCAAUAGCUUAUUUGAAGACGAGGACUUCCUGUACUCUGCUUCCCUCACACGGGAGCUGAAGCAGCUACCGACCCUCGACAGGGAUUUCCUUAAGAUACAGCUUAUGCAAAUGGUCCUACAGGCAAAACAUAAUGUAGUAAUGCACACUUCAGUUGCUGAUGUGAUGGAACUUGUGCCAUAGGAAAAGAGGUUUGAAAAGAUUGUUCUCAAAAAUCAGUAAAAAUGUUGGUGUCCUUAUGCAAUUAUUAACACGAGGCAUCUUUAAGAGAACAAGUUUUUGUGUCAGGCUGACGAUUUGCCAGCUUCACCAUUAGAUAUUUUACAUUCGCACUAUUAAUGUCCCCUGUUCAUUUCGAAUGUUACUGUACUUUCGUUUGUAUUUUUGUACUCCAGUAAUGCCAAAUAUAGUUGAAAGAGUGGUACCUGUCACAUUGAUCUUUUGUUUUUUCAUGUAGGCAAUUAUC